UUUCAUACAAACCAAACUAUAUGUCAAAGCAUUCUCUUCUUCUUCAUAGUCUAUCAUAGGUUGCAUUUCAAACAAUGUUUUCACUUCUAUUUCUAAUUCUUCUAUGUUUAAUUCUUCCUUUGUUAAUGUUCUUCUACAAACAUAGAACCACUAAAAAUCUUCCACCUGGCCCUAAAGGCCUUCCCAUAAUAGGGAAUCUACAUCAACUAGACAUUUCUAAACUUUAUCUUCAAUUAUCACAAUUCUCAAAAAUAUAUGGUCCUAUAUUUUCACUUCAACUUGGUUUUAGACAAGCUAUUGUUGUUUCUUCAGCUGAAAUUGCAAAAGAAGUAUUGAAAAACAAUGGUCAUGUGUUUUCUAAUAGACCUAUCUUAUAUGGUCAACAAAAGUUAACUUAUAGUGGAUCAGAAAUGGUGUUUUCUCCUUAUGGUGAAGUUUGGAGAGAGCUAAGAAAAAUUUCUGCUGUUCAUAUUUUUAGUUCCAAACGUGUCUCAUAUUAUUCUUCUAUAAGAAAAUUUGAGGUGAAGAAAAUGAUCAAGAAAAUUUCUGAGCAUGCUAGUUCUUCAAGUAAUAUAAAUUUGAGUGAGUUAUUGAUUUCACUCUCAAGUACGAUAAUAUGUAGAAUUGCUUUUGGGAAAAGCUAUGAGGAUGAAGGACAUGAGAGAAGUAGGUUUCAUGGAUUGUUGCAUGAGUUUCAAGCUUUGUUAAUGGAAAUCUUUGUUGCUGAUUAUAUUCCAUUUACGGGUUGGAUUGAUAAAGUGAGAGGAUUGCAUGGUCGAGUUGAUAGAAAUUUCAAGGAGUUUGAUGAGUUUUAUCAAGAGAUUAUUGAUGAACAUUUGGAUCCAAAUAGAGAACAAAUUAAAGAUGAAGAGGAUAUUGUUGAUGUCUUACUCAAAUUGAAGAAACAAAAUUUGUCUUCAAUUGAUCUCACUUUUGAUCACAUCAAAGGAGUUCUUGUGGACAUGCUUGUAGCUGCAACAGAUACUACAUCUGCCACAUUAGUUUGGACUCUAACUGCCCUAAUACGAAAUCCAAGAGUAAUGAAUAAAGUACAAGAGGAAAUUAGGAACGUUGGAGGUAAACAAGAAUUCUUAGAUGAAAAUGAUAUUCAAAAUUUUCCUUUUCUGAAGGCAGUGAUAAAAGAAACACUAAGAUUGUACCUACCAGCUCCACUUCUUGUUCCACGAGAAUCAAGAGAAAAAUGCGUUAUUAGUGGAUAUAAUAUUCCGGCCAACACAAUAUUGUAUGUGAAUGCUUGGGCUAUUCAGAGAGAUCCUAAUGUUUGGAAAAAUCCUGAGGAAUUUUACCCGGAAAGAUUCUUAGAAAGUUCUAUAAAUUUUCUUGGACAAAAUUUUGAACUAAUUCCCUUUGGAGCUGGUCAUAGAAUUUGUCCCGGAAUGCCUAUGGCUGUUGCAUCAAUAGAACUUAUCCUUGCCAAUCUUCUUUAUUCAUUUGAUUGGAAAUUGCCACAUGGAUUGAUAAAAGAAGAUAUUGAUACUGAAAUGUUGCCAGGAAUCACUCAACACAAGAAGAAUCCCCUUUACCUAGUCGCCGAGAGUCCAAUAUAGACGCAUCUAUUUAAAGUAACUCUUUGUUAAUUUUUUGUUUACUAUUGUAUGUUUAAUAUAUUUUUUAUGUUUUUCUACUCGAAUUUGAAAAAUAGACUAGUUACUUUUAUUGCUUCUACCAAUUUGUAUUUUGAAAUAAUGUUGUCAAAUUAUGUAAGUG